ACGUGAUGCGGUCUCUUGUUAUCUGAAUGUUUCCACGGCGACUUGACAAGACUGGUCCCCAUUGUCGAACAUUUUAUUUAUCUGUUUUUCUUGUUGAACUUGAUUUGGCGUGCUGUCUGAAUUUCUUUCUUUCUCUUCCAGGGUGCAAAGCCACUUAUUCGUAAAUUCAACGCAGCUGUGCCGCACACCACCACCCUCCCAUCAUCGUCGUAGUCGUCAUCAUCAUCAUCAUCAUCACCAUCAUCAUCAGACUCGGACCCUCCUCACCGCUCCACCCCCCUCCCACCCUCUGUCUUUCCUCUCCGGUCUCUGAUUGGCGCAGCAGCGGCGGGAUGCGCACUUGAUCAGCUGGCGAGACCUCGUCGGCUCCGGGAGGAAGCAGCUGUGCGAGACGGAGCCUCUCCUCCAUCCUUUCCUGACCCGGGAAACCAGGAUACUCAAGCACUACAAACGUUUUAUUGAAAUUUUUUUAAAAUUUAUUUUGUGGACUAACCGUGAAGAUUUUAGAGUUACACAAUCUACGGCUGCGAUCUCCACGCACGCGUGUGCCCGCUUGCUUUCCAGCACCUCCGGGAUGGAGCUCCGCUGGUGAACUUGGCUGCUUGCGAGGACGCCGCCGCUGCCGCCGCCGUGCGCUCACUCUAAGUUUGGAAGUUGACGCGUACGCACGCCUCCCUGACCGACCAGGUGGACCGAAUGGAGUGAGAACGCGGGGCCAAGCGGGGACCAUUGUAAGGUGACAAAAAGUGCAGAAAAGUGGGCUAUAGGUGAAGGCAUGCAAGCAGCAUGGAACGGGUGAGGGAGCAGCAGCCGUUCUGCUCGCUCUCCAAGAGCCAGCGGGAGCACCGUGAGAGAGGUGGAGAAAUCGAACGCGAGUAUCGUUACACGUCGGAGCGUGAGGGAGGCGCCCGCGACGCCACAGCACCAUCCUGCCGCGUACCCACCCAGAAGUCAUACAGCUCCAGCGAGACACUCCAGGCCUUUGAGCAUGACCCGGCGCGCAUGCUCUUCGGCGGACGCCUCAAGGAGACUGUGCGCCAGGAGAGCGCCGAGUACAGCAGGCCAGGGCAGACGUUCUCGCUGAGGCAGCUCGGCAUUUGCGAGCCUCGCCGAGGCCUGGCGCUGUGCCCCGACAAGGGCCUGUCCCAUCCCCUCAGCACCUACGCCCGGGGGGCUGCCGUCACCUCGGAGGGGCACGAACCCCAGUCCCCGGAACGUACCAUUGCCCUAUGGAGCAAGGGGGGCCGCAGCUCCUGCCUUUCCAGUCGCUCCAACUCGGCGCUGACGCUCACCGACACAGAAAUGGACAAUAAGUCAGACAACGAGAUGGGCGACCAUCUGUCCAGUCCUCAGGUUCCACCUCCCCUGCCGCCAGCACCACCGCCGCCUCCCCACAAGCAGCACCCCUCCAUCACAUCCCUGAGCCGCGGCUCGCUGGCCAAUCACAGGGCCGCGAGCCCGCCGCCCGCCGCCGGCCUGGCGGCCGAUUUGCAGAGCACGGCGGAAUGCGUCCAGCUGCAGGACAGCUGGGUGCUGGGCAGCAAUGUGGCCCUGGAGAGCCGGCAUUUCCUGUUUAAGACGGGCACCGGAAGCACCCCCUUCUUCGGCGCGGCGGCACCCGGCUACACCAUGGCGACGGGCACGGUGUACUCCACGCCGGCGCGCCCGCUGCCCCGCGGCAGCCUGUCACGCGGCGCCUUCAAGUUCAAGAAGUCACCCAAACACUGCUCCUGGAAGUGCACCGCUCUGAUUGCGGUUGCCGUGGCUGUGCUGCUGUCAGUCACCCUCUGCUACUGCAUAGCCAUGCACCUUUUCGGCCUCAACUGGCAGCUGCAGGAGUUGGACAGCCAGCCAGCAUUUGAAAAUGGCGGAGUCGGAAAGGCUGGUCCCACGCCGUCCAGCGCCGUCACGGCGCUCGCCGCCGACGGAAGGACAAGUGUUCUCCACCAGGAGAACAACUCUCUGGACACAGGACCUGUGGACAUCGGGAAGAGUGCGGGCCAAAACGUUCCACCAGGCGUGUUCUGGCGUUCCCGGCUCAGCGUGGACAAACCACGCUUCCUCAAAUUCAACAUCUCUGUGCAAAAGAAUGCCCUGAUCGGUGUAUAUGGGCGCAAAGGCCUUGCGCCAUCUCACACGCAGUACGACUUUGUGGAGCUCCUGGAUGGCAGCCGCCUUAUCUCCAAUGAACACCGCGCCCCAAGCGAUACCGAGAGGGGAGCCCGCCCAGAGCACCAGGUGGUGGUCCAUCAGGCGGGAUUCAUCCAGUACCUAGACACUGGUGUGUGGCACCUGGCUUUCUACAAUGAUGGACGCAGCAUAGAGGCAGUGUCGUACAAUACUAUCAUUCAGGAGUCUGUCACCGAGUGUGCGCACAACUGCUACGGGAACGGCGAGUGCAUGGCGGGUUCCUGUCACUGCUUCCCAGGAUUCAUCGGGCCGUACUGUUCCAGAGCUGCGUGCCCUGUCCUGUGCAGCGGUAAUGGCCAGUACACCAGGGGGCGCUGUCAGUGCUACAGUGGCUGGAAGGGCACCGAGUGUGAUGUGGCCUCGGGCCAGUGCGUGGACCCUCAGUGCAGGGGCCACGGGGUGUGCGUGGCGGGAAACUGUGUGUGCAAUGCCGGCUGGAGAGGUAGCAACUGUGACCAAGUGGACUGCGUGGACCCAAAGUGCUCUGGACAUGGCACUUGUCAUCACGGCGAGUGCCAUUGCAACCCGGGAUGGGGAGGAAUCAGCUGCGAGAUCCUGAAGAGCACUUGUCCUGAGCAGUGCUCCAGUCACGGAACCUUCAACACCGACUCUGGGACGUGCGUCUGCGAGGACAACUGGACAGGAGCUGAUUGCUCCAUAGAGGUGUGCAUGGUGGACUGCGGCCCUCACGGCACAUGCCUGGGUGGCAUGUGUCACUGCGAGGAGGGCUGGGCAGGUGCCCAGUGUGAGCAGAGGGACUGUCACCCGCGUUGCAUCGACCAUGGGGUGUGUCGUGAGGGCAAAUGUGACUGCCACCAGGGCUGGACGGGCGAGCACUGCACCAUCGCCCUGGAUUCCAGAGUGUCAGGAGCGGUCAAGAUAGGAUAUAAAGACGGCUGCCCAGGCUUGUGCAACAACAACGGGCGCUGUGUCCUGGAUCAGAACGUCUGGCAUUGCAUCUGCCAGUCGGGAUGGCGUGGCCUGGGAUGUGACGUCGCCACCGAGACGCUCUGCUCAGAUGGCAAGGACAAUGAGGGAGAUGGCCUGGUGGACUGCAUGGACCCGGACUGCUGCACUCAGAUCUCCUGCCAGGGUCAGACGUUGUGUAAAGGCUCGCUGGACCCAGCCGCUGCCGCCGCCGCCGCAAUGCAGGGCCAGAACUCAGCUGGCCAGCCGACCUCCAGGAGCUUCUACGAGCGUGUGGCGUUCCUGAUGGGGCCCAGCGGGAGUCACGUGGUGGCAGGGGAGAACCCCUUCAACAGCAGCCUGGCGUCAGUCAUCCGUGGUCAGGUCCUCACCGGAGACGGAACACCGUUGAUCGGAGUCAACGUGUCAUUCCCGCACUACCCCGACUACGGCUACACCAUCACCAGACAAGACGGCAUGUUUGACCUGCUGGCCAACGGAGGCGCAUCGCUGACCCUGACAUACGAACGAGCACCAUUCCCGACUCUACGCCGCACCGUGUGGAUCCCCUGGAACGUCUUCCACGUGAUAGACACGGUUGUGAUGCGGCGCGAGGAGAACAAUGACAUCCCCGGCUGCUACCUGACAGGCCUGAGCCGGCCGGAGCCGUUGGUGCUCGCCACGCCACUUUCCACCUUGUACAAGACGUCACCCGAGGACAGCCCCGUCAUCCCCGAAACACAGGUCCUCCACGAGCAAGUGGCCAUACCGGGAAGCGACCUCAACCUGGUCUACUUGAGCUCACGGGCAUCCGGCUACAAACCCAUCCUCAAAAUUCUUCUGACCCAAGACCGGCUACCCUUUGGCCUGAUGAAGGUGCACCUGAUGGUAGCCGUGAUGGGUCGCCAGCUGCAGAAGACCUUCCCGGCCUUCCCCGAUUUGUCCUACACCUUCAUCUGGGAUAAGACGGACGCUUACAGCCAGAAGGUCUACGGUCUGGCGGAGGCUGUGGUGUCGGUGGGCUACGAGUACGAGUCGUGCCUGGACGUGGUGCACUGGGAGAAGAGGACGGCGUUGCUACAGGGCUAUGAGGUGGACGCCGCCAACAUGGGAGGGUGGAUGCUGGAUAAGCACCACGUCCUGGAUGUGCAGAAUGGCAUUCUCUACAAAGGCAGCGGCGAGAACCAGUUCAUCUCGCUGCAGCCGCCCGUCAUUUCCACCAUCAUGGGCAAUGGCCGUCGCCGGAGCAUCUCGUGCCCGAGCUGCAACGGCCAGGCGCUAGGCAACAAGCUGUUGGCACCCGUGGCCUUGGCGUGGGGCAUCGACGGCAGUCUCUAUGUGGGCGACUUCAACUACAUCCGACGCAUCUAUCCGUCGGGCAACGUCACCAGCAUCAUGGAGCUCAGAAAUAAAGACUUUAGACACAGCAACAACCCAGCACACCGCUACUAUCUGGCCACCGACCCGGUCACAGGCCAGUUGUAUGUGUCGGACACCAACUCGCGGCGGAUCUACCAGCCAAAAAGCCUCUCCGGAACGAAGGACCUGCAAGCCAACGCCGAGGUGGUGGCUGGGACCGGGGAACACUGCUUGCCCUUUGAUGAGAACCACUGCGGGGACGGCGGCAAAGCUCCAGAUGCUUCACUCACUGGACCCAAGGGUAUCGCCGUUGACAAGAACGGCCUGAUUUAUUUCGUGGACGGCACCACCAUCCGCAAGGUGGACCAAAACGGCAUCAUUUCCACCUUCCUGGGAUCCAACGACUUGACAUCGGCGCGCCCGCUGACCUGUGACAACAGCAUGGACGUCAAUCAGGUUAUUCUGGAGUGGCCCACAGACCUGGCGAUGAGCCCGAUGGAUAAUUCGCUCUAUGUGCUGGACAACAAUAUUGUGCUGCGCAUCACCGACAACGGCCUUGUCAGCAUUGCGGCGGGACGCCCCGUCCACUGCCCGCUCUCCGUACCCGAGCGCGGCAUUCGGUCCGGUGGCCUACGGGCACAGCUCACCCCCUUGGAGUCGGCCGCGUCCAUCGCCAUCUCCUACAACGGCGCCAUCUACAUCGCCGAGACAGACGAGAGGAAACUUAGCCGUAUCCGCAAGGUCUCCUUGGAUGGUGAGAUCACGCACUUGGCCGGGGUGCCCUCCGAAUGCGACUGCAAGAACGACGCCAACUGCGACUGCUACCAGGCCGGCGAUGGUUAUGCCAAAGACGCCAGACUCAAUGCGCCGUCCUCCUUGGUGGUCGCGCCGGACGGGACGCUCUACGUGGCCGAUCUGGGUAAUAUCCGCAUCCGGGCUGUGUCUCGCAACGGGCCUGCGCCGGUGUCCAAUGGCUACGAGGUGGCGUCGCCGGACGCCCAGGAGCUGUACGUGUUCGACGGUAAUGGCACGCACCAGCACACGGCCAGCUUGCUCACCGGAGACUUCAAGUACACCUUCAGCUACAGCACGGAGAAUGACAUCACGGCGGUGACGGACAGUAACGGAAACACGCUGAGGAUACGCCGAGACUCCAGCCGUACUCCGGUGCGCAUUGUGGCCCCGGACAACCAGGUGAUCUGGCUUACGAUGGGCACCAACGGCGGGCUCAGAACUCUCACGGCGCAGGGACAGGAGUUGGUACUGCUCACCUAUCAUGGCAACAAUGGCCUGUUGGCCACCAAGACUUCAGAGAUUGGAUGGACCACAUUCUACGACUACGACAGCGAGGGUCGCCUUAUGAACGUGACCUUUCCCACCGGCAUGGUGAACAACCUUUACACAGACAUCUACAGCGCUCUUACAGUGGACAUAGAGAGCUCCCUCAGCGACGAGGAGAUCAGCAUCACCACCAACACCUCCAGCAUCCACGCCUACUACACGCUGUCCCAGGACCAGUGCAAAAGCAGCUACCAGGUGGGCUUCGACAACUCACUUCGGGUCACGUACGCCAAUGGGAUGGACACACACUACCAGACUGAGCCUCACAUUCUGGCAGGAGCCGCCAACCCGACAGUGGCCCGGCGCAACAUGAGCUUGCCGGGCGAGAGCGGGCAGAACCUGGUGGAGUGGCGUUUCCGCAAAGAGCAAGCCCGAGGGAAGGUCAUCGUGUUCGGACGCAAGCUGAGGGUGAAUGGACGCAACAUCCUCUCCGUUGAUUACGACCGCACCCUGAGGAUGGAGAAGAUUUACGACGACCACAGGAAGUUUCUACUGAAGAUCAUAUAUGACACAGCUGGGCACCCUGUGCUGUGGGUGCCCAGCAGUAAGCUGCUGCCGGUCAACGUGAGUCGUACCAGCAGCGGUCAGAUUAGCACUCUGCAAAGAGGUCCUACAACAGAGAAGCUAGGCUACGACACCCAGGGCCGCUUGGUGUCUCGGGUGUUUGCUGACGGGAAGAUAUGGAGCUACACUUACCUCGAGCGGUCUAUGGUCCUCCUACUCCACAGUCAGCGCCAGUACAUCUUCGACUUCGACUCGCUGGACCGCCUCUCGGGCAUCACCAUGCCGAGUGUGGCCCGCUACACCAUGCAAACGAUGCGCUCGGUGGGCUACUACCGCAACCUCUACCACCCUCCAGAGAGCAACGCCUCUGUGGCUGUAGACUAUAGCGAGGACGGCCUCCUGCUCAGGGUGUCCCAUUUCGGCACCGGCCGUCGGGUACUCUACCGCUACCGGCGGCAAAACAAGCUGUCGGAGAUCCUUUACGACAGCACACGUGUUAGCUUCACCUACGACGAGACUGCGGGCGUCCUGAAGACGGUCAACCUGCAGAGCGAUGGCUUCAUCUGCUCCAUCCGUUACCGGCAGGUGGGACCUCUGGUGGACCGGCAAAUCUUCCGCUUCAGUGAGGACGGCAUGGUCAACGCCCGCUUCGACUACACCUAUGACAACAGCCUACGCGUCACCAGUGUGCAGGGAGUCAUCAACGAGACGCCUCUGCCCAUCGACCUCUACCAGUUUGAUGACAUAUCUGGCAAGGUGGAGCAGUUUGGCAAGUUUGGCGUCAUUUACUACGACAUCAACCAGAUCAUCUCCACGGCGGUGAUGACAUACACCAAGCACUUUGACGCACACGGUCGCAUCAAGGAGAUCCAGUACGAGAUCUUCCGCUCACUCAUGUACUGGAUCACCUUCCAAUACGACGACGUGGGGCGUGUCACCCGACGCGAGAUCAAGAUCGGACCCUUUGCUAACACCACCAAGUAUGGCUACGAGUAUGACGUAGAUGGCCAGCUGCAGACCGUCUACCUGAAUGAGAAAGUUACCUGGCGCUAUACAUACGACCUCAACGGGAACCUGCACCUGCUUAAUGCCGGGAACAGCGCAAGACUCCUUCCUCUACGCUAUGACUUGAGGGACCGCAUCACCCGUCUCGGAGACAUCCAGUACCGCAUGGACGAAGACGGUUUCCUCCGCCAGAGAGGAGCGGAAAUCUUUGAGUACAACUCCAAAGGCCUCCUGGUACGGGUGUACAGCAAAAGUAGCGGGUGGACCAUCCAGUACCGCUACGACGGGCUCAGUCGAAGGGUGUCCGCUAAGACCAGCCUGGGCCAGCACUUGCAGUACUUCUACGCCGAUUUGGGCUACCCGGCCCGGAUUACCCACGUCUACAACCACUCCAGCUCGGAGAUCACGUCGCUGUACUACGACCUGCAGGGCCACCUGUUCGCCAUGGAGAUCAGUAGCGGUGAGGAGUUUUACAUCGCCUGUGACAACACCGGAACCCCUCUGGCCGUCUUCACCAGCAACGGUCUCCUAGUCAAGCAGCUGCAGUACACGGCGUACGGCGAAGUCUACUUCGACUCCAACCCGGAUUUCCAGCUGGUGCUGGGCUUCCAUGGGGGUCUGUACGACCCGCUCACCAAGCUGCUGCACUUCGGCGAGAGGGACUACGAUAUCAUGUCCGGCAGGUGGACGGUGCCGGAUGUUUCCAGCCUGAGGGAUGUCGGCAAGGAGCCGGCACCUUUUAACCUUUACAUGUUCCGGAAUAACAACCCCAUUAGCAAAGUCCACGAAGUGAGGGAAUAUGUGGCAGACGUGAACAGUUGGCUGGUGACUUUUGGCUUUCACCUCCACAACACCAUUCCCGGCUUUCCCGUGCCCAAGUUUGACCUGAGCAUGCCAUCGUAUGAGCUGAAGAAGAGUCAGCUGUGGGACGAUUUGCCGUCCAUCUCGGGAGUGCAGCGUGAAGUCACCCGCCAGGCUGAGUCCCUCCUGUCCUUUGAACGUCUGCCUGAAGUCCACCUGCGGCGAGGCCGUCGCGGCGAGAAACCUUGGCUGUGGUUCUCUGCGGCGGCGUCCCCAGUGGGCCGUGCCGUCAUGUUUGCCAUCUACAAAGGCAGCGUGCACGCGCACACCCUCAACAUGGCAGGCGAGGACUGCAUCAAGGUGGCGGGCAUCCUUAACAACGCCUUCUACCUGGAGGAGCUCCACUUCACUGUGGAGGGCCGGGACACGCACCACUUUGUCAAGCCGGGCCUGCCCGACGCCGACCUGGCCGCCCUGCACCUGACCAGCGGCCACAAGACGCUGGAGAACGGCAUCAACGUCAGCGUGUCACAGUCCACUACCGUCAUGGACGGACGCACGCGCCGCUUCGCCGAUGUCGAGGUGCGCGCCGGAGCCCUGGCGCUGCACGUGCGCUAUGGCGCCACCGUGGAUGAGGAAAAGGCCCGUGUGGCCGAGCUGGCCCGCCAACGCGCCUUGGCGGGCGCCUGGGCGCGGGAGCAGAGGCGGCUGCGUGACGGCGAGGAGGGCGGUCGGCCGUGGACGGAGGGCGAGAAGCGGCAGCUGCUGAGCGGCGGCAAAGUGCUCGGCUACGAAGGCUACUACGCCCUUUCCGCGGAGCAGUACCCCGAGUUGGCAGACAGCGCCAACAACAUCCACUUCCUGAGGCAGAACGAGAUCGGAAAGAGGUAACAGAACGUUAGGUGUGACUCUUCAUGUUUUACACCACUCAUAAAAAAUUAGGGAAAUUUCAGGAUAACUACUACUACUACUACUCCAUCGUCUCUAGUCAACCCCCAUUUAUCGGGUUAUGUUCCAGACCAAACCAUAAAACGGUGGUACCGUGAUUUCGGAGUUGAAUUUGCUGUGUCCAAGCUCCUAACUCACAUUCUCAACUUUUAUCAAAUCCAUUUUCUUUUAACAUUAAAAUGAAUUGAAAUGUCAUUAACCUAUU